AUGUCGGCAGGCUCUUCUCAUGGUACGGCGCCAUCAGCAGGCACUCCAAGGUCACUCGACAUCCUUCUCAGGGACUUGGAAAAGCGAUUUGGAAGAAGCGCCGAUGGAGAGUAUGCGAAGAACUUCAAGAACCGAAGUUAUGCCACCAGCCUCGAUGACCUCGAUAGCAACGACGACGGUAAGCCUGCGCUACCUUACGUAGUAGGCGCUACAUUUGUUGCUCGCCGUCAUGAACCACCUGCGCCUUUCGGUUUUGGCUACGAUACUCCUUGGCCGCCUUACAAGACAAACGAUUUCCGACUACCGCAGAUCGACUACUGUCUGAUUCGACAGCCACUCGAAGGUCGUACACUUGAUGAGUCUCGCGUACUCACGAUUACGGGCACGAUACGUACUGGGUGUUCCUUCGGGGCUCAGGUCGUUGUCGUCAACGGAAAUAUAGUGGCGAAGAUAUACGACCCGCUAUACGACGCUGGAGGUGAUUGCUAUGACAACAAGCGCGACGUCGUUUGGCUAGCCGACGGAGACUAUUCACGGGAAACUGCCGCAUACGAGGAAUUGCUAGCAAGCUCCGAUACAUUGAGUCUGGUUCCGGAGUACUACGGGAGCUGGACAAUUGAAGUACCUACGAAAGUGGGCGAUCAGACAUUCACACGACAUGUCCGCCUCAUACUAGUGCAGCAUAUCAAGGGAACCGUCAUGAGUACUGUCCAGCCUCAGUUGCUCUCUCGACAAACACGUUCGGCGAUAAUGAAGAAAAUCUUAGAAGCUGAAUCUCUCAUCUUCAACGCUGGUGUCCUGCACCGCGACAUAUCGCCCCGCAAUAUUAUGCUCGUCCCCCUAGCAUCAAACGUCUCGUUAGACGAUCCACAUCUCCGAGUCGUCAUUAUCGACUUUAACGUUUCUAAUGUCAUCCGCCUUAGCAACGCUUCCUGCCACGCUUCGGACGAUCCCAGCCCUGUAUCACUACAAAGAAAAUGGCCAGGUAAAUUCCUUGGUCCAGUAACGAGGUUUUGGAAUACGAUGGAGGAGUUUGAAGCUCGAGAUUGGGUGAACGAUGAAGAUGGGAAGGCGAACGAGUGGUUAUGGGAAUGCUUCGGGCAGAGGGAGGAGUAUGUACCGCUUGUCAGAGACAGAGAAGAGAGUGAACUGUGUCCAAGGAUUGCUUGGCGCAGUGAGCUUGAGGAUGACGAGAACGACGAAGAUGAAACUGUUGCAGGUACGGUGAGGAAAUUUAGCUUAUAUACUUACUAA